AUGCAAUUUAUCCAAGUAUUUAACAACUUUGAUCAUACCCUUGAAUAUCGUUUGGCAACUUGGUUUUGCUUGAUCUAUAUUUUGGCUGGUUGUUUCGCCAUCCCGACUGGACCUAGAAGUAUAGGUAGGUAGAUCGUAGUUUAAUAGUUCAUUCUACUAAAGAUAAAGUAGUGGGGAGAUGGAAUUUUCUAAAAGAUCCUGCAUGUGAAUUGUUGAAACUCAUUAAAUAACCAGUAAACUGUAUAAACAGUAGACUUUUUGCCGCUUUAAUUAAAACGCUUGUGGAACCAAGAAAAUAUUGCAUGUAUAACAGGAAAGUGUAACUGUAAGCUAUUUAUAAUUAUGAUUAUUACAAAUAUGUUAUAAUUUUUUAACUGUUAACAUCUUCAAACUAGUAAUUUAUAGUCAGAUCGAAAUUCAUCUGGUUAUAACAGUGUGAAUGAGGUUAAUUAACGACCGACAUUAAUAAACUCGCAAGAUAUAUUGUCUCAUAAUUGUUAGCUCACCGUCACGAACGAUUGAACAGGAACUUGGAACUGAUGUCUUGAACAAUAUCAUACUACAGUUGAAAACUGGCAGUGAAAUAAAAAAUAACUGAAAUAAAAAUAACUAUAAUAAAACCCUUUCAAUAACACUAAGCAGUGAUCUUUGGCGCCGAGACAACCGUACAUCCUGCGAGUGAUUUUAAUGAACUAUACUAUUAAUAUUGGACAUUUUGAAUAAAGGAACCUUUGUUACAGCUAAGGGCUACACGCGAGAGAAGUGGCAAAACGUGCAAUUAUUUUCGGCGCGCCGCAUCCCAAAAUUAUAAUCUAUCAAGGUAUGAUGGUCUAGAAACUAAACAAAAGUUAUUGUAUUAUGCUUCAGGUGAUUGAGCUCGUUGAUAUUGUAUAUAUAGCUCGUUGAUAUUGUAUAGGUGAAACGCGCCACCAUAAUAUUUAAUUAAGUUCAGACCAGGCAUUUGUGUACGCCGAGGUACAGUUCAACACCAAACAAAGGCCUUCUAUAUUUUGUGGCUUUGGUGUUACUGCAAGGGCUUCCAGAUCAUCAUAUCUUGACAGACUAUGCCUAAAUUCACUAAAACUCUUGUUAUGCAGUGUAUAGUGUCAGGUCUGACAGAUCAGAAGGAUGUACGUAAAUAUGAAUUUGUAUAGUUAUACAUGCAUGUUAAAAGUCUAUAAAACAAGGAAGAAGGAAGUUUUAGAGAUGAACAGCUUUCGUCGUUCAUAAUAUAGCCGGUCGGCCGGGGGUGGGAAAGGCAAAAUAUUGAGUAUAAUAAACCGAAUAAUGUGCAAAAUAAUUUUGGUUGACAUGAAUAUAGAAUGAAUACCAGAUGGCUCUCAAAGACUGCAUAUAUACUUCCGUCAAGUGAAUGAUGAUGUAUCAUGUAUGCAUAAAUUACAGUACAAUGGUUAGUUACGCAUUCAGUUUACUCAGCUGGCAAAGCAAACUUUCUAAUUUCACAUGCAAUUUUUGAACUAAAAUUAACCCGUUUGUCUUCGGCCUACUUCCAAAACAGCAGCAGAAACUUAGCUGAAAACAUAAUCUUCGGACCAAUCACCAAUGUUAUAAUAGAAGAGACAACUUUACAAAGGUCUCUACUCACAUGGCGGUUACCAAGCUAAACAAUUCAUAUACAGCUAUUUCAAUUAAGGUUGUCCACGAGCAAAGCGGAAAAGUCAUCAUCAUCAUCAUCACCAUCAUCAUCAUAUCCUAUUUUAAAAGAUUUUUGUGAUUCAAAACGGUUUGUUCAGCUCUUAAGUAAAGAAUAUUAAUUUCUACUGACAUUCAACAUUGGUUUAAAAUACAGUAUUGGCACCAAGCAUUACAUAGGAUUUUGAGCAUCUCAUUCGAUAGGAGAUUGAAGGGUUUUGUUGACAGAAAUUCGAGUGUGAUUUUCUACAUUUAUUAAAGCCUGAUUUCCACUAGGCGGAAUUUUGCGCGCGGAGCGAAAUUUUUCUUUGUCUUGUGAUUUCUCGGGUGGAACUAAUUAGAAAAGACAAAGAAAAAUUCCGCUACGCGCGCAAAAUUCCGCCUAGUGGAAAGCAGGCUUAAUAUGUAACCAGGAGCCGUUGCGAAAAAUGCAACUUUAGGCCCUCUGGCAGGAAUCGGAACCUGUGAUCCUUAGUAUACAGUUAGUUCAAUUAAGGUUGUCCCCCGAGCAAAGCGGAAAAGUCGAAUACGAGCGCGAAAUGCUGCUGAGAAUCGCUAACACUGAAAUGAAUGGAUUUAUUAGCGAUUCCCAGCAGCCUUUCGCGCUCGUAUUCGAUUUUUCCGCUUUGCAGUUGGGGGACAACCUUAAUUGAACUAGCUGUAUACACAAGAACUUGUAGUUAGCGCUCGAUAACUGGGCUCUGUAGCUCAGUUCGUUACAACGCCAGAGGGACUAUAUAUAGACUAUAGUUGCAUAUUUUUGUAACUGCUCCUGGCUAAGUCAAAUAUAUAAAAUUUAUACUCGAAAUUUCCAUCUACAAAAUCCUUCACCGAGCGUCACCUGCAUAUACAGUGGAUGUAUACGUAUGAUUGUAUGAAAAUCCAAAGUACACUUGUAGUAAUUAUUGGUUGUAAUUUCAAUAGUUUGGAAGUGUACGUGUCUCUAGCAAUUUAAAUAUAAGUUAAUUUUAAUGCUUGGUAUCAGUCCCUUGGGUCUUGGUCGAAAAGAAGCGGUUCCGUUGCCAUAAUAGCUUCCACAGUGGCCCAAGCUCUGUGUGGGUAUUUAUUCAUUUUUUAAUUUUAUUAUAUUUGCAUUACAAUUUACUUUAAAUUAUAAAGUAUAACUUACUUACUUUUGUGCGAUUUGGAGGUGGUUUUAGUUUGAUAUAAUGAUAUAAAAACAUCACGAGAAUGCGAUAUAAUAUACAAUUUAUAUCAACCUCGUUCCCAGGCCCUUCCCUCUUGUGGAGGAAAGACCCUGGUCGGAGCUGGUCUCGUGGCUCACAGAAAAUUAAUUGCCUAAGGUUGUGUGGGAAAAGUAUCAUAUUACAUGCUUCCACUUACGCACUUACAAGGAGUGAGUGUUCUGUACAAUCAACUUUGAGAAUCACAAAUACGUCAAAAUACUUGCUAAAUUUAAUUUCUGUUUGCUCUUAAUUACUUAAAUUAUAAAAAUAUGCUAAAGAGAUUUUUAUAGCAACAAAUCAGGAAAUCAAGCAAUAAAAACGUAUGAUCAUAUAGCUUGUGCACACUUAUAUAAAAGUCACUUUCAUUUCACACGUUUCUGCUCUUCCUUUGGUUCACGUAGUAUUUAAAACACGAGAAGGAGUAUUUUAUCAUAUUUAAAACGCGAGACGCAGCCGAGCAUUGUUUUAGAUAUGAUAAAACGCUAGUUCGAGUGUUUUGAAUAGCUUAGUAAAAUACGACAACAAAAGAAUACUAAUUAGAACAAUUAUAUAAUCAAACUAAUUAGGAUGAACAAUUAUAUAAAGAAUACUAAUGAGAUGAGUUUUAUCAGAUAUAAUUAGUCAUUGGACAUGACAUAUUAUGGCUGACAUGAUUUGCCACAUAAGUUAGUAUGAAUUUUUAGUCACUAUUUUAAAUAUUUAUGUACUGUUUAAUAAAAGAGCAGUAGUGUUUUAUUAGACCUAAUAAAACACGACCUGGGAGUUUAUUAAACGGCUUUAAACACGACUACAAAUUCAAUAGAUAUACUGCCUUAUUAGUAUUCUUUAUAUAAAGAAUACUGAUGAGGACACGACUACAAUAUAUACUGCCUGAUUAGUAUUCUUUAAAUAAAUAAUACUAAUUAGGAGUGCGAUUUUAUCAGGCUUAAAGCCACUGCACGUGACAUAUUAUGGUUGAUAUGAUUUGCCAAUUAGCUCAUGAAUUAUUAAUGAGAGUAUGAAAAUCUUAUAAUGUGUGCCGUUAUCUGGAAACGGUAUACGACGACGACGACCAUGAUGAUGAUGAUGAUCCUCAAUUGCGCUAUACUGCUAUUUUAACAUUUUGAGCAUGAAAAUAUUUUGAGCAUGAAAAAUUAUUUUAAUAAACAUGAAGCAUGAAACAAUUUUAUAUUUUUAAUAUAUUACUUCAUAUAUAGAUUAUAGUCUUAUGUAAUCGAAUAUAUAAUCCGGCGUAAUGUUAGAACAAUUAUGAUAAUGUAAAAUACCAACUUUUGCGUAAAUAUUUAACAAUUAUUCGCCGAAAGCGAGGUGAUUAUCAGGGAAUAUUCGCCGAUAAUCACCGAGCCUAAGGCGAACAAUAGUUUUAGUAUUUUUACACAAGUCUUUUGUGUUCUUUGGGACUGAAUUUAUUUUAAUUUCGCUUAUUUCUUUGUCAGUAACUUCCACAAAACGGCUAGCCGCGCGCCAUUUUGCAAAUUUCGAUUUUGUCAUAUUCACCUGUAGGUGAAUAUAUAACAGCAUAAUAGGUCAAAUUUGACCAAUCAACUUGUAGGAUUUGUUAUAUUCACUUGCGCAAAAAUACUAAAUAGUGUUAUUAGGAUGUUCUUUACACAAUUUAAAACGUCACUGAGCUUUUUCCCUUGAGCUUCUGUGCUUGAGCUGUCGGUCAUUUUCAAUUUUGAGAAACCAAAAGUGCAAUAACUCCGGUAUUAAUUCCCCAACGGCUAAAAUUGCCGAGUAUUAAAUACCGAUAAAGAGAUAUUGAGAUUGACUACACUAGGAGGGCUAAAAUUGUUUAUUAUUAACCUAAUAUGGCCUACCAUAUUUCUAAACAAUAUGAAAGUAAACUCAAAAUCGCUAAACAAAGUAACAAAGGUGUCAAAUUCAUUACAAGUUGCUCAAAGUUACAAAAGUUGCCAUUUAAAACAAAAGUUGCUCAUAAAACGAAGAGUUGCCAAAAAGUUGCUAAGCAACUUGUGGAAACUCCUACCCUCGUCCCUGUUAAAGUUCCUGUGCAUCCUAUCAGUUCAUUAGAGUAUCCUAUGGCUAUGUAGCUAAAUGUUUCUUUAGUUUAGUUUUAAGGGUUUUAAUAUGACGUAUAUCCCGGAUUUCCACAAGCAAACUGUUCCAGUUGUUGGCAGCUGCUUCCCCCAGUUCUUCUUGUAAUAGGUAUCAGGUAAUAGGAAACACGGUAAUAGGUAAUAGGAAAUAUGGUAAUAGGAAAUAGCGAAAAAAGUAGCUUUUGCAAUCGACUUUUUCAACACGAAAAUAGGCAAUAGCAAUUACACUUCUCGGCUUCCGUACAAAAUAUAAUAAAAUUAAAAAUAAAUAAAUACCCACACAGAGCCUGGGCCACUGUGAUAGCUUCUAGUAUUUUUAUAGUCUCUAGCGCCCUAGCGUCAGCGAGUUAGUUUGAAUGAUUUUUUUUUAAAUAUUGCUAUAAUACACAAGGCGAAACUAUGGGCCAGCCGUCUAGCAAAAAUUGAUUACCUUACCUUGUAACUCUUAUUGCUCUUUUUGUUUUCAGGAAUCUCUCACUUCGCAUUAAUUCAAAAAGGAGGGAAAGUUGACAGGUCGUGUUUGUAUAAUUUAGUCAUUGAUAACAAUAUGAGUGACUACCACUUUACUCCUGCAGACGAACGAUUGUUUCUGCUUGACUUGUAUGAUGCAACGGGCGGCCAAUACUACUGGUAUAAGAAAACAGGAUGGGGGGAAAAUAGCACCAUACAUCACUGCAAAUGGUUUGGCAUACAAUGCUACGAGAGCAGUAGCUAUAUCAAAUGGAUUAAUCUAAUCGAUAAUGGCUUGACAGGACGAUUGCCAAUUUUUUGGAAAAUCCGCAAUCUACAAGGACUAUGUUUGUCUAUUAAUAAACAAUGA